AUCAGCACUGAAACUUCUUGCAUUAAGCGGUGAUUUCCAGGGCCGCGUGUCUCGGACCAAUGAAGGCCUGUACUGAAGACAGCUUGCUGUUGGUACAGACUGGAUGCUUCUCUUGCAGUCACGUUGUGCCUCCUGAAAAAACCUUAAUGAAAGACAUCUUUCAGUGCUGGCGUGUUUCCAGAUACUGCACAUUCAUGGAGUGCAAUAAUACUGUAUAGUUUUUUUAAGAUUUCAUUCGACCAGUUCGUAGCUCGACAAUGCAGGCAUUACUAAUUGUAACUUAUUUUAUAUUCAUGUUUCACACCGUGGCAGAUUGAGUUCAUACCUAAUUUUCCCUCGGAAGAAGUUUGUUUAAUCUGUUGUAUUUUAUAUGGAUUUAUGUUCUUUUUGUAGUUUAAAAUGAAGUUAUGGGAACGUCUGAUGUUGUCCUAAACUGUUAAGUAAUCGACAGCCGCCUGUCAAAUAUCUCUGAUGUGGUAAAAGCAGGUUUGUAUAUUUUUCAAAAUAUAUGGCAGAGUUGAACAGUGCGUUAUAUACUAAAUUAUAUGAACAAAAUUAUAUUCAGAGUAAUUGCAUCAUUUUGUGAAUUCAGUAAAAAUUAAAGUCAGCUGCUUUUCAAGUGGUGUCGGCCAGCUUGAGAGGUUUUCCCGUGGCCAUUCUGAAGAGUUUAAAAGCUGGGCCUUUCUAAUGUCCAAAACAGAAAUAGGAAAUGGAAUUUAAAUAAAGAGUUCUCAUUGACUGUGUGAAGUACCUGGUGAGUCGCUGAUGGUGAUGAUAUUCUUAGAACUGUAACUGAAAAAAUGCAUAAAAAGUCCACUUCCCAAAGCCACUAAUGGUGUGAUGUGUUGGUUGUCUUGUAUGAGCCCCUGUCAGCAGCCCCGCUCCGUUAGGACUGAGUGCCCAGCUGUUUUCCCUCUGAAAUGCAGCAGUGUUUGCAGGAGCACCUGGUGCUGCCUUUUCCUGUGGGGCUGCAGCGGGUGCUGUGUGGGCCAUGGGGCUGUGCGCAGCCUGAGCGCCCGCCUGCAGUCCUGCUGCCUGAAGGCUGGGCACGGCGCAGCGCUGCUCGGGGCGAGGAGCUGCAUCGUGUGCGUGGUGGGGGUGGUUUGCACGGUGCAGCUCUGAAGGGGACUCUGGGGAGCAGCCUGUGGAGUCCAGGGGUUGCACCGUGGCAAGGAAGCUCCUGAGAGCGGUGCAGUGGAUGUUGGGUGGCUGCAGUGGUUGCUGAAGGGCCGAGGGGAGCUCAUCGGUGUCAGGUGCAAUUCUGGGGCUGCAGUCAUAGAAUCAUUGAAGUUGGAAAAGACCACUAAGAUCAUCUAGUGCAACCAUCAAUCCGUCACCACCAUGUCGACUAAACCAUAGUCUCUGCAAGUCUGGCCCAGAUGACCCCCAGGACGGAGGUGAGGCUUCUACUGGGCACAGUGCACUUGGUUCUCUCCCAGGGCUGAGCUGCUGGAUCUAUGGGUCCUGCUCUGGCCGCUCGUGUGACCCCUGUUAGGGUCGUUCUGCCCCACACUCCAAGAGCUGCCAGGCACUGGCGCUGCUGCCCAGGGGCUGGAGUCGCCAUCCCUGGAGGAGUUCAGGAACUGCGGAGAUGUGGCACUGCGGGACAUGGUCAGUGGCAUGGUGGGAGUGGGUUGGGCUUGGGGAUCUUAGAGGGCUUUUCCAGCCGUAAUGGUUCUAUGAAAGCUGCAGAGAGCUGCUGGCAGUCAGGCUAUGAGCUCCUGGGGUGCUCAGUGUCUCGCCCUGUGGAGGUACAGAUGUCUCAUCCUCCAUCUGUUUUUUGUCCUUACUCCAAAGGGCUUCACACCCCUUGUAAAGCUACUUAACGUGCUUCCUGGGUCCUUAUCAUACAUUGCCUUUGGAUGGGGAAGGGAGGAGAGCUUCUGUCUGCUGGGGGAGUAAAUCAGACAAGAGCUGCGACGAGGGCAGCAGUCACUGCUCGUAAGGACUGUCUGAGCCACCUUGGGACUUAGGGAGGGAUUUAAGUAAGGUUUUGAGUAACCCUAAAGCUCUGUUCACCCAACUGAAAGAAAACAGUUUGUCAGUUGCUAUAAAGGUGUUGCUAAUCACAACCAUUAAACACGCAAUGGCCUCAGAACCUGUUUGAUUCUGUGAUGAAAUUGUCUCUUUAGCUGUUCUUCUGAAAUAGAUAAGCCAAAAUUUCUAAUGUGGAUAGAGUUUUUAGUUUCUCAUUAAUUAUGUACCUCAGACAGAUCAGACAAAGCAAAUACGUGCACAGAUGUGUUGCUAGGCUGUGAUUUUCCAUGAGCUGUUUGCCUGUCACCCUGGUGAUGCCCACAAUCUGCUUGCUGCCCGCAGUAUUCCUCCUUUCAUUUGUGCAAGAUCACAUAACAAAGUGUUGGGGUUAGGUUUGUGAGAACCUCCGCUGAUGUUCAUUAAAUGUGCCAGAGCACAGCCUUUGUUUCUCAUUGGGGGCACACGCUGGCCCGUGUUCCAGUCCUUCUGCAGUUGCUCUGGGCUGUAGGGUCCACAGAGUAGAUUUGGUUUAAUGGGGGGGGACCAGGCCCAUGAACGCUGUUCAUUGAUUGCUGCCCCCUGAAAAACUGAACAGUGAAAUGGAAAAAAAAGAGCCUCGAUAGUCACUAAAGGCAGGAGUAUCUGCUGGGGGCCAGACUCCAGCUGACAGUGUAAUACUGGGGUGCUUUAACCAGGAGGGCUUGUUCAGGCUGAACUCGGUGCUUCCUUGUGCUUAUCUUCAGGCCACGGGCAUCCUGAGCCUGCUAACAGCCUCCAGCAGCAUCCAGGGGGUCAUACCGAGUGUGAGCAUGCGCUGUUUCCCAUUUACCCCCUCCGGCGUCCCAGACUCCAAAAAGUACCCAGCACGGAGCUUUCUGGAUUGUCUGUGUUUUCUGUGAGCUCAGUAAUGCUGAAAGGAUUUCUCUUCCUUGGGUCGCUGUGCUGAGCACGUCUUUGUUGUGUGGGGAAGGUCCCACAGGCAGCACUGCAGGCUGGUAACAGGGUGUCCUGGUGUUAAAAUCACAGCUUUAAGCUCUCCCUUCCUGGAUAGUGCUACUUAUUGAUUUUAAAAUGAAGGUGUAAAGACUCAUUUAUGUAACUAAGCCAUAUACGAGCACUUGAGAUCGAUUUCACCAUGUCCAAAAUGGUUAUUAGAUAAUAAUUCUGAUAGGCAGAUUCAGGCUUGUUGAGCUCUGCUUGUUAAGCACAGAGGUAAGUGACACACAGGUGGUGGAGCUGCUGUGACCUGGGUGUGUGUCAGGGAAGACAGAAAUACCCUUUGCACUGCUGAGUACGGUUACGGGAACACAGGAGGAUAGGAGCAGGUUACUGCACUUCUCAUCCCAUUGCCCUGGGAUGGGGCGGUGCGUGGCUGCCUGGCUGUGGCUGCAGCCCCCUGAGUGUUUGCAGAGCUGUUAGCUGAGCCGUCGUGCUGCUUGUUAGUUAGCAGGAGCUCGCAGGCAGUGUCUGCCUUGGACUGGUGGUCUUCAUUUCUGAACCUGUUAUUAAGUGUGAACUUAAUGAAUGUAGUAUGUUUAUCCAGAGCCUAAUUUGACAUAGAUUGGAUUUAGUUUUUUUGAACUCAUUUACUGAGCAACUUAUUAUUGGUGCUGCAUUUACAACUGUGUACAGUAAAACUUGAUUUAAUGCAACGUGUUUUCUGACCCAUAGCCAGGAGAACCUGAUGAGCUGUGGGACAGUGAAGGGUCAUCCGUGUAUGGCCGUGCUCCUCAGUGUCUGUGUUGUUCUGUGUUUCCCAUGGCCUCAGAGCUGCCCUGGGGCUGUGGCUGCCACUGAUUCGUGGUGCAGGAAAGACUGCACCACCAGGCAGCACGGGCACAGGGACUGCUGCAGCACAGGCAGCCUCCGCUGUCGCUUCUGUUCUCUCUUUUGCAAUUGCCUCAGCGGAAGCAUGUACUUGGGGUCUAACAUCCUACUCUGCAAACUCUGCUGGUUUGGGGUUAUCAGGAGGUGGUUGCGUUGGAUGGGGCACCAGGGGUCCUUGGCUUCCUUUGGCAUUGCCCCGUUCCCACAUGCUCCCAUCCAUGACCGGGGUCUGGAGGCUGUGCAUUGUCCCCACGCUGGAAGCUGCGUGCGGCUGGUGGCCCUGCAGUGCUGGUGCAGCCUAUGAGAACAGUGUUUCCACCGCCCUGGCUCUGCCUGCCCUGCACCACUCUCCUGACUGCACUGACUGCGGGUACCUGGGCAGCAGCCACCUGCCCACCUCGGCUUUGUUUGGCGAAGCCGCUCCUUGCUCUGCGUCACGGUGCCGGGAGCCUGGCCUACAGCGCUCCUCCCUGCCGAGCAUGGGUGGGAGCAUCAGCCAUCCGGCACCUCUGGGUGCAUCCCCCUGGGCGUGGAGCGAAAACCGAUGGGAAGCAGUGAAGCUGAGAGUGCUGAAAAUGCCACCGGCAACAGGCAGCGUCUGGGAUGGUCGCAGAGGUCUUCUGGGAAGGACAGAGUGCCCCUUAGAGGACUGAUGUAGGCGUUCGUGGCCGGUGUGCAGCUGUAGGGGUCUGGCACUUCUGUCGCCUCUCACCAGCGCAGCCACGCAUCUUGCUGCAGGGCUCCUCUGCUGGGGCUGUAGCAGGGAGCAUGGUCAGUGUGCUAUGUGCUGUGCUGCACGCGCUGCUCAGCUGCCUCAUCCCCCCUGCCAACCUGCUGGUGAUCGUGGCUGUCUGCCAGCUGCUGAGGAAGCAUCCGGGCUCCAGCUACAUCUAUGUGCUCAACCUGGCCACCGCCGACCUGCUGGUGGGCGUGAUGUGCAUCACGGAGGCCCUGGACGACGCUCUGGAUGGGGACUUUGACCGCAGCAAGUCCUUCUGCCUCCUGCGCAUCUCCCUGAGCAUGACGCCGUGCAUUGGCUCCAUCCUGACCCUGCUGCUCAUCUCCCUGGACAGGUACCUGGCAGUGAGGCUGCCACUCUCCUACCGCACGCUUCCGAAGAAAACACCCGUGGCCCUCUCCCUCGUGUUCCUCUGGAUGCUCGCCUUCCUCCUCGGGCACUUGCCUCUGAUCUUUCCCUCCCUCCAGCAAAGCAACUACACGGGCUACUGCGGGCUGCUCUAUGUGGCCAGGAGCGAGUACCUCUACACCCUCUGCUUCGGUGUCUUUGCUCCGUCCCUGCUAGUGCUGCUGUGCCUACACAUCUCAGUGUGCAGCAUCGCCUACGCGCAGCACACACGGUCGCCUCACUCCUGCGCUCAGUCCGGGCCCCUCCGCGCCCGCCUGCGCCACUUCAAGGCGCUGCGCACUGUGCUCUUUGUCCUCAUCGGCUUCGGGCUCUCCUGGGGCCCAUACCUGGUGGGGGGCACCGUGCAGGCUGCCUGCCGCUCCUGCGACCUGUCUGGCGCGCUCAAGGACGCACUGUUCAUCCUGGGUGAGACCAACUCCCUCCUCAACCCUCUCAUCUACGCCCUGCACAGCAGAGACAUCCGCAGCCACCUCGCCAAACUGCUCGGCUGUAGGCAGAGGGGCCGAGUGCAGCCCGUGGCCUCCAGCAUCCGCACCGUGGGCGGCGGGGGCUGGCCCAGGGCAUCUGGGCCGUGAGGGAUCCGUGUCCCAUCACUCCCACGACUGCAGGGCUGCAGUGGGACAGUAGUGCCCGGUGCGGCUGCAAGCAGAUCCCCUCGCAGCAGCCGCUCAUGUGGUGCCAGGGGCUGCUCACCACCCACUCACUGCCCCUGCACCCAUGCAAAUGUUGCUGGGGUGUUGUGCUGUUGGUUGCUUUGGUCAAACUGUGGCCUCUUAUCCCCUGCAAAUGGGAGAACUGCUGCAUGCUGUGCCUGCAGCAGGCUGAACUGAACUGCUGCGUGCUGUGCUGUGCUGUGCCUGCAGCUGGCUGGACACCACGUGGUGCUCACAGCAGGGGAAUGCAGACACUGCAGGCACUGUGCCCUCUGUGAGUGCUGCUGAGUGCAGCGGUGCCAUGCUGCAGCCUCAAAGCACCUCUUACCCCCACCCCUGUCACAGGCCAUGUCUCAGCUCUUUGCUUUUAUCUUUGUGCCAAAUUUAUGAGCUGAAAUGAGUGCUCAGCCCAGGCUGGCUUCUGCUGGGAGAUGGAGUGUGCUGACAAGCAGUGCUCUGACAUCAGGCACACAGCCACUGUGCCCUGCACAAAACCUCCCAGCCAAGGCACUCCUCACCACAAGCUGGCACAACAUGACCCGGUGCUGGGCACACCCCACCCUGAG